CUUCGUCAGGUGUUCCACUCCUUUGAGAUAUUAACCGUGGACUAUGCUCACCAAGGAACUGUGCUGCUCUCCGAAACAUGAUUAAUAACGUCGGAAUAUGCGGAGGACGAGAGAGACAGAGCCCGACCGGAAGAUGUCUUCAAAAUGAAUUUCUGUGAUUGACGGAGAGCAUGGAGGUCAGAAGCAGGUUUUCAGCGUGUUGGGAGAGUUUUCGCACUUGCUUUAAGAAGUCCAAUCCGAGUGUAAUUGAGAAAGAUAACCAGAUAGAAGAACCUGACGUGGUUGUUGUUAAAAACGCAAGCGCUGUCCAAACGAUUCAGCCGAACUUGAGAAGUCCGGGGAACGAGGUCGAGAAUCGUUUUGUCGCACUUUACGACUACUCGGCCCGCACCGAGGAGGACUUGAGCUUCAACGCGGGUGACCUUUUGGAAGCUCUGGAUAAAAAUACCGGAGACUGGUGGUUUGCAAAAGCGCUGAGUGGAGAUUCGACGUCCAAACAGGGCUACAUCCCCGCAAAUUAUGUGGCGCCGGUGGAGAGUAUCGACGCCGAACCAUGGUAUUUUCCGGAGACAAAAAGGUUGGAUGCGGAGAAGAUGCUUUUAACGGGAAAGAACCAACAAGGAUCCUUCCUAAUCAGAAACUGUGAAAGUCAGAAAGGGGAGCUGUCCCUCUCAGUGUUGGACAAUGGAAGGGUGAAGCAUUAUAAGCUAAAAAAAACAGAACAUGGUCUCUAUAUCUCAAGGACCAAAGUAUUUAAAACACUGAAGAAUUUAGUGCAUCACUACUCAACACAAGCUGAUGGCCUCUGUGUGUGUCUAGGAGAACCAUGCAAAAAGAUUGAGGCUCCACAGACUCAUGGCCUAUCCUAUAACACUGUGGACCAAUGGGAGAUUGACUGCAAUUCCAUCAAGCUCCUACAUAAACUGGGAGCAGGUCAGUUUGGAGAAGUUUAUGAGGGCCUAUGGAAUGACACCACAGCCGUUGCAGUGAAGACACUCAAACCUGGUACCAUGGACACUGAAGACUUUUUGAGAGAGGCUCAAAUCAUGAAGAGACUGAGGCAUCCCAAGCUAAUCCAACUUUAUGCCGUCUGCACCAUGGAAGAGCCCAUCUACAUUAUCACAGAACUGAUGAAGAACGGGAGUUUGCUCGAAUACCUUCAAAAGGACAAAGGUACCAAACUGCAGCUCUCUGACCAGAUUGAGAUGGCUGCUCAGGUGGCAUCUGGUAUGGCUUUUCUGGAGGUGCAGAACUACAUUCACAGAGAUCUUGCUGCCAGGAAUGUGCUAGUAGGGGAGAACAACAUCUGUAAGGUGGCAGAUUUUGGUCUCGCCAGGGUCUUUCAGACUGACAACGUGUACGAGGCAAGAGAAGGUACCAAAUUCCCAGUGAAAUGGACUGCUCCGGAGGCCAUUCACAACAACAUUUUCACGAUAAAAUCGGAUGUCUGGUCAUUCGGUAUUCUGUUGUAUGAGAUCAUGACAUUUGGUAAAAUGCCUUAUCCAGACCUGACAAACUACCAAGUUGUCCAGCAAGUUCCCCAGGGCUACAGAAUGCCAUGUCCCCCCAACUGCCCCAAAAUCAUGUAUGGCAUAAUGAUGGACUGUUGGAAUGAGAAUGAAAACGACCGGCCCACAUUUGAGACCUUGCAGUGGAAGUUGGAGGACUUCUUUGACCUGAACGCUAGUUCCUAUGACAACAGUGGCCACUAUUAGCACACUGAGCAUGUGAAUGCAACUUAUCAUGAAUUUAAAAAAAACUAAUCAAAAAACACUUGCAUCCAUACAUGCAUUCGGGAUGUAUUUAGAAAUUCCACAGUUAAAUUCAGACGCUGAUUGACUUUUGGAUGUAAUUGAAUACUGUGGCACACUUUAAGGAAGCUGCCGCGUAGUCCUGGUUAUGCCAGCUGAAUGGGCUCAAAGGCUGCUUUCAGCACAGAAAUAGUCUUUACUUUAUUCAAACGAAGACAAUCUUUAGGUGACCUAGAACUGAAGCCAGGAGGAGCACAAUGAUGGUAAAGACCUCUAAAUCAAAGUGUAGGAAAGCAGAACGUAAGUGGAGAAAAACUAAACUCCAAAUUGACUAUGACCUCUACAGACAAAGUCUUUGUCAUUUUAACCAAGCGUGAGUCAGGGCUAGACAGCAACACUUUUCUGAAAUCAUCAGUAAGAACUUCAACAAUACUCGCACUCUGUUUGCUGUGGUUGACAAACUCACAACCCCCCCGAAUCAGAUAGCUCCUAACAGCAGAUAAAUGCAAUAAAUUUGCUUAUUUUAGUGAAAAAAUUUAAUCCAUCAGGUUAAAUAUUAGCACAAAUCAGCAAAAUGAUAAAAUGAUGCAGCAUCUGAAGCCACCCAGGAAAAAAAUCGGUCUUACCAUGUAAGAAUUUGAUACAAUUGACCAAAAAACUGUAGAGAAACCGGUUCAGCAGCUGAAACCAUCAACGAGCUGUCUUGACUCAGUACAAUCUGACUUUUUCAAAGAUAUUGCGAAGUCUGUUCUAGCUGAUUUGCAGCAAAUAAUCAAUUGCUCGCUUCAGUUAGGUGAGUUUCCUAAAGCUCUUAAAGUAGCUGCCAUUAAGCCUCUGCUAAAAAAUAGAGCGCUGGACGCUUCCAAGUUAGCAAGCUAUAGACCCAUCUCAAAUCUCCCUUUCAUAGCCAAGAUUGUUGAGAAAGUUAUUUUUAGUCAACUCAGCAAUUUCUUGAACUUAAAUGGACUUAUUGACAAAACUCAUCAUAGUUCAGAAUCUGCUCUUAUCAAAGUGCUAAAUGAUAUAAGGUUGAAUACUGACUCAGGAAAGGUGCCAAUUCUGGUCCUGUUGGACCUCAGUGCGGCUUUUGAUACGGUAGAUCAUAACAUACUGCUGAACAGGUUGGAAACGUGGGUAGGACUAAAUGGAACAGUCCUUAAAUGGUUCAGGUCCUACCUGGAGGAAAGGAGUUAUUUUGUAACCAUUGGAAGUGUUCAGUCUCAUCGAAUGGCAAUGACCUAUGGAGUCCCUCAAGGGUCGGUUCUUGGACCCCUCCUGUUCAGCCUGUAUAUGCUACCCUUGGGUCAAAUUCUUCAGAAGUUUAAUCUUGACUAUCAUGGCUAUGCAAAUGACAGUUAUAUCUAGCAGUCUCUCUUGAUGACUACAGUUCAAUUGAGGUGUUGUGUCACCGCCUAAAACAGAUAAAUAUCUGGAUGAGACAAAAUCUUCUUCAAUUAAACCACAACAAAACGGAGAUAAUUGUUUUUGGCAAGAAAGAAAAAGAAAAUUGAUGUUAAUAAAUACCUGGAGUCACUCUCUUUAUAAAAACCAAAGACCAAGUCCGAAACCUUCGUGUUCUGAUAGAUUCUGACCUGACGUUCAACAGUCAUAUCAAAUCAAUUACUAAAACUGCCUUUUACCACCUGAAGAACAUAUCCAGAGUGAAGGCUUGCAUGUGUCAAGCAGACCAGGAGAAGCUCAUCCAUGCUUUUAUCUCAAGUAGACUUGACUAUUGUAAUGGUCUUCUGACUCGACUCCCUAAAAAGAGCAUUAAACAGCUGCAGCUCAUUCAGAAUGGCGCGGAACAAAGAGGUCAGAACAUAUUACUCCAAUUCUCAAGUCGUUAUACUGGCUUCCAGUCAGCUUUUGAAUAGAUUUUAAAAUUCUGCUACUGGUCUAUAAAUCACUAAACGGUUUAGGUCCUGAAUAUAACAAUGAAAUGCUAAUGGCAAAUAAACCCAGUAGGGCUCGGAGAUCGACAGACUCAGGUCAAAUAGUGAAGCACAGAGUUCAAAGUAAACAUGGUGAAGCAGCAUUUGGCUAUUAUGCUGCACACAAAUGGAAGAAGUUGCCAACAGAAGUGAUGUCAGCCCCAAGUGUGCAUGUUUUGAAGUCCAGGUUAAAAACUCUUCUUUCUUUUUUUCCCCAUGCUUUUUGAAGCAUUUCCACUUUGAAAUAUUUCUUGCACUGUAUGCUGUUUUAAUUGUAUUUAAAAAAAAAAAAAAGAAAAUCCUCUUUGUUUUAAAUGUUUAUACUCCUGUUUUUAAAUGCUUUUAAUCAUGUAAAGCACAUUGAGUUACCUUGUGUAUGCAAUGCGCUAUAUAAAUAAAUUAGCUUUGCUUUGCAUAUCUUGAUGAACCAGUUCUUCCUGGCCCACAUUCUUUCCGCUUGCUACAUUCUGUGCUUUGAACGGGAUAUGACGAUAAGUGAAUCAUCAUUACAACAACACCUUACCUCAGCUGAUUGCAUUAGUAGGUAUUAAAGUAAUCUAAAGUCUUGAAGCCAUGUACAGUAACUCUGUAGUUCGUCUGUACACUUUUUUUCUCCACAUAAAUUGAAAGCAAUUGUAUUUAUGUAUUAUUGAUGAUCAGCGGGUGUCAUUGAUUUGCUUUACUUUUGAGCCUAAUUGUUAAGAAUCACUUUAAAUGUUUCAUUUGUAUGAUAUGAUUCACAGUACAACUAAGCAUGUCCUUUUAACAAAUUAGCUUAGUGGCCUGUAUAGAUUUGGUGAUUUUGUAUGUUUUAACAAAAGUUUAUAAUGUUGAAUGAAUUAUACAUUGUGUAUCGAUAACCUUACUGUAUUUUAUGUUGAAUAAAAUAUGUGAAUCAAACAAUUAUUUA